AUGGAAAUGGCCACAGAAACACAACGCCUGGAAGCGUUGGCGAGGGAAUGGGAAUGGCCACAAGCGCUCUCUCGUUCCUUCAAGGGCCCACCAAAAUCUGAGGCCGACCUGGAAAAGCGAAAAGAGCACAAGCUUGAAGUGAAGCAGUUUCUGGCCAACCUGACGGCGGAGCAGCGAAACAUGCUCAUUCCCCCAAAAACCAAAACGACGAAAGCCUCUGAAAAGAAGAAGAACACAGGAAAUACGGCAAAACCCAACAACAAGGGGGGAGCGCCCUCCAAGAAACGACGAGACCAGCGGAGAGAAGCUGCACAAGAGACAUUGGAGGUCUCUGAAUACAGGACAGUACCACAACGGAAGACGGACGCCUGGUUUCCAUUGAACAGGAAUUGCAAGCAUCGGUGGAAGGGACCCGUCUUUGUCGACCUGCCGACCUACUAG